UGCCUCUCAUUCUCUCUUAUUUUUAUAACGUGUGAUGGCGUCACGUCGCGGAGAGUUCCGCAUUCCACAGCGCCCAGCGAUACAUAAACGCGCUGAUGCAACGGGAACAAACGCGCAAACGAGCUGAACGGACGAACAACCGCCAAGUCUCAGCACCUAACAACAGCAAUGAUGCCCGGUCAAAUCCCUGAUCCGUUAGUGACGGCCGGUUCUUUACCCAGCGUGGGUCCGCUGGCUGGCAUCCCCGCCACCACCCUGACAGACCAGCUCAAACUAGCAGAGCUCUACAGCUUCGGUGCAGUUCUGUCUCCUCUUAUCCUGAACAGACACGCCAAGAGACCGUUCGACGUCAUCAAGGGUGAGGAAGGUGACGAUGAAGAACGCAAGAAAAGAAGGCGAGAGAAAAAUAAAGUUGCAGCCGCUCGCUGUCGAAACAGAAAGAAGGAAAGAACCGACUUUCUCCAGAAGGAGUCUGAACGGUUAGAGAUGUUAAACUCGGAGCUGAAGUCUCAGAUCGAGGACCUGAAAUCGGAGCGGCAGCAGCUGAUCGUGAUGCUCAACCUGCACCGGCCCACCUGCAUCGUCCGCACAGACAGCGUGAAAAGCCCCGAGAGCGACGAGCACGUGCUGGACCAGCGAUCGGAGCAGUCCGACUGAACACCACACCACAAACACAGAGCCGGGAGGAGAACAGACGCUGCUGAGAUGCUUGUACAGGAACAAGAAGAAGAUGAAACAACAGGACGUGUACUGUCAGACUAAACAGUCUGGGAUUUCUUGUAAAAUAUCCAAGAAUCUUGUCAGUGUCAAUUUCAGCAUGAAGAUCAAAGGGAAGAGAUUUGUCUGGACAUCAAACAAACGUUCCUGAGAUCAUCCAAAAGGCUCACAGACUUUUGACACGCGCUUAAGAAACACACGCUUGUCUCUCAGUUGAUCUGAAUGAAGCGCGCAGUUCCGCCGGCGGCCUGCAGAUGGCGCUGUCUGAUAAACUGUUCACUGACGCUGGCGUCUCCAUGGACCAAUUGUUUACAGUUGUUUGCAUUGACAGUUAAUUGUAUAUUAUACUGUUUGUCGUAAGUACAUUUUUAUUGUGCCAUCCCAUGAUAUGGUAAAUUGUAUGUAUUUUAUCCUCAGGGUGUCUGUUGAUCGGACACUUUUGUUGCUCUGUUACGUGAAAAAACGCCUACAUUACAUUAAAAAAAGCCUAUUUUUCAAAUAUAA